UGGAAGGCGGCCCAGGUGGGGCCAGGGGGACCCGGCGAAGUGAGUGCUGGGGACUUCGAGACCAGAAAGAUGGAUGCUAUGAUGCUAAAUUUGCGGAAUAUGUUUGAGCAUCUUGUGCGCCGGAUGGAGAUUCUCAGUGAAGGAAAUGAACUCCAAUUCAUCCAGUUGGCGAAGGACUUUGAGGAUUUCCGUAGAAAGUGGCAGAGAACAGACCAUGAGCUGGGGAAAUACAAGGAUCUUUUGAUGAAAGUGGAGACUGAGCGUAGUGCUCUGGAUGUUAAGCUGAAGCAUGCACGUAAUCAGGUGGAUGUAGAGAUCAAACGGAGACAACGAGCUGAGGCUGACUGUGAAAAGCUGGAACGACAGAUUCAGCUGAUUCGAGAGAUGCUCAUGUGUGACACAUCUGGCAGCAUUCAACUAAGUGAGGAGCAAAAAUCAGCUCUGGCUUUUCUCAACAGAGGCCAACCAUCCAGCGGCAAUGCUGGGAACAAAAGACUGUCAACCAUUGAUGAAUCUGGUUCCAUUUUAUCAGAUAUCAGCUUUGACAAGACUGAUGAAUCACUGGAUUGGGAUUCUUCUUUGGUGAAGACUUUCAAACUGAAAAAGAGAGAAAAGAGGCGCUCUAAUAGCCGACAGUUCGUUGAUGGUCCCCCUGGACCAGUAAAGAAAACUCGUUCCAUUGGCUCCACGGUAGACCAGGGGAAUGAAUCCAUAGUUGCAAAAACUACAGUGACCGUUCCCAAUGAUGGCGGUCCCAUUGAAGCUGUGUCCACUAUUGAGACUGUGCCAUAUUGGACCAGGAGCCGAAGGAAAACAGGUACUUUACAACCUUGGAAUAGUGACUCCACCCUGAGCAGCAGGCAGCUGGAGCCAAAAACUGAGACAGACAAUUCAGGGACGCCACAGAGUAACGGAGGGAUGCGCCUGCAUGACUUUGCCUCUAAGACGGUUAUUAAACCUGAAUCCUGUGUUCCUUGUGGAAAGCGGAUAAAAUUUGGCAAGCUGUCUUUGAAGUGUCGAGACUGCCGUGUGGUCUCUCAUCCAGAGUGUCGGGACCGUUGUCCCCUUCCCUGCAUCCCAACCCUUAUAGGAACACCUGUCAAGAUCGGAGAGGGAAUGUUGGCAGAUUUUGUGUCCCAGACUUCUCCAAUGAUCCCCUCCAUUGUUGUCCACUGUGUAAAUGAGAUUGAGCAGAGAGGGCUGACUGAGACAGGCCUGUAUAGGAUCUCAGGCUGUGACCGGACAGUAAAAGAGCUGAAAGAGAAAUUCCUCAGAGUGAAAACUGUACCCCUCCUCAGCAAAGUGGAUGAUAUCCAUGCCAUCUGUAGCCUUUUAAAAGACUUCCUUCGAAACCUCAAAGAACCCCUUCUGACCUUUCGGCUAAACAAAGCCUUUAUGGAAGCAGCAGAAAUCACAGAUGAGGACAACAGCGUAGCUGCCAUGUACCAGGCUGUUGGUCAACUACCACAGGCCAACAGGGACACAUUAGCUUUCCUCAUGAUUCACUUGCAGAGAGUGGCUCAGAGUCCAAACACUAAAAUGGAUGUUGCCAAUCUGGCUAAAGUCUUUGGUCCUACAAUAGUUGCCCAUGCUGUGCCCAACCCAGACCCAGUGACAAUGUUACAGGAUAUCAAGCGUCAACCCAAGGUGGUAGAGUGCCUGCUUUCACUGCCUCUGGAAUAUUGGAGUCAGUUCAUGAUGGUGGAGCAAGAGAACAUUGACCCCCUGCAUGUCAUUGAAAAUUCAAAUGCCUUUUCAACACCACAGACACCAGAUAUUAAAGUGAGUUUACUGGGGCCUGUGACCACUCCUGAGCAUCAGCUUCUCAAGACUCCUUCAUCUAGCUCCCUGUCGCAGAGAGUCCGCUCCACCCUCACCAAGAACACUCCCAGAUUUGGGAGUAAAAGCAAGUCUGCCACCAACCUAGGACGACAAGGCAACUUUUUUGCUUCUCCAAUGCUCAAAUGAGGCCACAUCUGCCUGUUACUUGCCAGAAUUUACCGACUGAAAGAAAGGGCACACCUGUACUCUCUGCUCCACAGCCUCUUGUAUUCAAUACUACUUUUAGCAUUCUCCAGGCUUUUAAUCAAGUUUAAUUGUGCAUGAGGGUUUUAUUAAAACUAUAUAUAUCUCCCUCUCCUUC